AUGCUUGAUCUUCAACGGCAGUUGUCUGAGCAGGCGAACAUUAUCGAUCGCCUUGAGCGUGCCCUUCAGCAGCAGCGCGAAUUGGGCCUUCGUCAACUGCGUGACACGCAGGCCGAGGCUGACAAACGAAGCCUGGCCCAGAAGGCCGACUAUGAAGCGACAAUUGAGCGCAACUACAAACUGAUCGAUGAAGUGAUUGCUGCGAAAAAAGGGUUACACGAACAGUGUGACAAGUUGGUGGCGGAGCUGAAGCAGUUGAAGAAGCGCACGGACGACAACACGAGACAGCUCGAGGAGAGGUAG